AAAGAUUUUGGACGGCUUCUUCUUUGUACAAAAUUGGAACACGAGUUAUUAGCUAUUACUACAACCUCCAUAGCCGCCGUUGAUAUUUUCCGGCAACAUGUGUAGAAGCCCUGCCUCACCAACGGAGCAUGAAUCUGAUCAUGUUUUAGGUGGAUCUGUUGAGACUAUUGUCUAUAUUUUAACAUCUGGUGGUCGUCGGAUUCCGGCAAACGCUAAAAUUAUGGCAUCCGCUUCGCCGGUGUUGGAAAGCAUAAUUGAUAGGCCGCAGAAGCACCGGAGUUCCGAGAAGACGAUUUCGAUCCUCGGCGUUCCAUGUGAUGCUGUAGAUGUGUUUGUUAGGUUCCUCUAUUCCACCAAGUGCGACGAAGAUGAGAUGGAAAAAUUCGGGAUUCAUCUGUUGGCGCUGUCUCAUGUUUACCUGGUUCCACAGCUGAAGACGCGGUGUACCAAGGCCUUGAUCGGACGAUUGAAUAUAGAGAGAGUAGUAGAUGUUCUCCAACUCGCCAGGCUCUGUGAUGCACCUGACCUAUACCUUAAGUGUAUGAGAUUGAUAUCCAAUAGCUUCAAGGCCGUCGAAGAAACGGAAGGAUGGAAGUUCCUUCAAAACAAUGAUCCUUACCUUGAACUCGAAAUCCUCAAGUUCAUCGAUGAAGCCGAAUCGAGGAAAAAGAAGACUAGGAAGCAUCUGCAAGAGCAAAGUUUGUAUUUCCAGCUGAGUGAAGCCAUGGAUUGUUUGCAACAUAUUUGCACAGAAGGUUGCACAAGUGUAGGACCAUAUGACAAGGAGCCCAGCAAGAACAGGGCACCUUGCAGCAAAUUCUCAACCUGUGAAGGCCUCCAACACUCUAUUCACCACUUCGCAAAUUGUAAGAAGAGAGUUAAUGGAGGUUGUGUCCGGUGUAAACGUAUGUGGCAACUCUUCAAACUUCAUUCCUCCAUCUGUGAAUCACCUGAUUCGACUUGCAGAGUUCCCCUGUGCAGGCAAUUCAAAAUAAAAGGACAACAAGUGAGAAACAAGAAGGAAGAAGCAAGAUGGGAAUUACUGGUGAGAAAAGUAGUGGCAGCUAAAGCCAUAUCUUCUUUACCUUUACCCAAGAGGAAGAGAGAUCAAGAUCAAGAACAAGAGCCAAGAUCAUUCAUAAACCAUCAUGUAAGUGUAGUAUGUUGAAGGGGUCAAUGAGUUGAUUCGUGUUUGAUUGGCUAAUUAGUUGUUCCAAUCUAGUAGAAGGGUAAAAAUGGCGUUCUAUUGGGGCAAACCCUUGAAUCAAGUGAACCUUGAUGGCCACAAUGUUUAGACAUCAUGGGGAUUAGAAUUCGGGGUCGAUUAAUCAGUAUGUCCCAAUCCAGAUGGUUAAAGAUGGUGUGGUGUUAGUUUGUUGUUAGAAGGGUUAUUGAUGGGUGUUUUCUUUGAUUUGUUGGGUUUUGAUGGUGGGUGGAAAAAGCGUAGUCUUUUGUAAUCGAGGCUUGGGGCUUUUGAUGUAUAAAGAAAGUAAUUUGUGUACUUGUUAUUAUUUUAGGA